CCCUCACCUCGCGGCGCGCCCUACGCGCGCCGCAUUUUUGAUCUCAAGCAAGGUGUGCAGCCACAACAGUGGGGCCUAGUUUAAUUUGCUCCUACUCAAGUCAAUCAAACACUGAUAAACGAUUUGCUCCAUACAUAUCCUGAUGGGCUGGGUAUCGACGAUCUCGCCGAGGCGCGCCGGAGUAGAGAGAUGAUGCUGCUCCAGGACAAGAAACCAAAAUUGAACACGUUUCAUGAAGAAAUUGGUCAUGGGGAGGCGGCGUUGACUUGGUUGUUGAUGAAGGACAACAGGGGCGUUGUAAAGCCGAAAACGUUGAGACAAUGGUACGGAAUAGAAACAUUUCCGGAGACGUAUGUCAUUCCUACCGAGGAGAUCUCACUUGAAAUGGCAAGGACUGUGUCUGCAGAGAUUGGAAGGAUUAUGAAAAGGCACUCAUAAAUUAUAGAAUUAUUAACAAG